AUUGCGUGUGUGAAUGCCGUCAUUUGAAAUCAUGUUUGAAAUGCAUUGUAGAAUGCUUUGACAUGACGUGACAGCCAGUGUAAAUUGGCCUUACAAAAUAAUAUAAAACAUGAAGUAUGACGACAGCAAAUAAGCAAAGACCUUAUUGUAAUGUACACGUGUUACUCUAUCUCUGAGCAGGAAUAAUUGAGGACAGGACACAUUAAUAACAGUGGAGAGGGGUGCAAAGUGUUUUUGGGGCGUAACUUGACGGAGACUUGUAAACAACGAGAACAAAAUGAACAAAGCAGGACCUGUACCUCCACAAUAUGGGCCACCUCCAGCUGCACCUCCAAGCUACUCCCAGGCUGUGGGUGGAGUACCACCAUCUAGCCCCUUCACUCCUGGACAUUCAUUAUCAGGAGGGCCAACAAUUGUCACAACAGUGGUUCCUGUGGGCCCACAGCCAACUCACAUGAUUUGUCCAUAUUGCCAUGCUGAGGUUGACACUGCUACAAAGACAGAGCCAGGAUUAAUUGCAUAUAUUUCUGGUGUUGUUAUUGCUCUUCUUGGCUGUUGGCUUGGAUGUUGUCUCAUACCUUGCUGCAUUGAUGAAUGUAUGGACGUUCAUCACACAUGCCCUAACUGCAAGGCAUAUCUGGGACGCUACCGCCGAUAAUGCUAGACUCUGGGUCAUGAGUUAUGAAUAAACAAAGCUUAUUGAAUUUCUAAUACUCACCAAUGCAAUACUCAUUAUAGUAGUUUUAUUUUACUACACUUUUUGAACUGCAGUGUCAUUUCAGUGAGACACUGCAACCAUUAAUGACUAAGCAUAUAUAUAUAUAUAUAUACAUACAUAUAAUAGUACCUGUUAAAUAAUAGAUUUAUUGCUGGUAUUUUUCAGCAGUAUAUGCUUCAGCACAAAAUUAAAGCUGAUUAAAAAUCGCUGUCAGUGUAAUUUUUAAUGUUGAGCUGUCAUUUUGGGAUGUCAUAUAUUUUUAUAAGAAGUUUCCAUUUUUCCUUACUGUGUUUCUAAUUGAGUAGUUCUUGUGUAGAGGCUUUUGGCUGUUUUUAGGUGUCUUUGCUUAUAAAUAUCAUUGUCAAAUGAAUGUUUGCAAGUUCUCUGACACAGAAAAUAUAUUCACUGGGAUUAAAAGUAUUUUUAUAUCUUUAACAGCAGCUCUGUUUGAGAACUGUGCUGUUGCAUAGUUCUUAGUCAUAGGUCUACUUUCAUUGGCUUUGGGCAGUGAUCAUCUUAAAAAUGUCCUUGAUCUCACCCCCUUACAGGAAAAAAAAUUGGCAGCUCUUUGUGUGUCACAAUAAUAAUAAUAAUAAUAAUAAUAAGAAGAAGAAGAAGAAGAAGAAUAAUUCAUUCUCCUAAAUAAUACAAUCUUUUUAGUGUGUAUACCAAAAUACAUUUGACAGUGGCAAAACACGUGAUUGUAGUCUCCUUUUGGUAAUAUAACUUGCUGUCCUCUUGAAAAUAUGUGAACUAAUGAAAUAUAUCCAUGGUACUGGCAAUUUCCUUGCUUUGCCACUACACAAAGAUUUGUAAUUACUGUAAACAUAUUUUUGUCUCAGGAUACCCUUCCAGUGACUUUUGCGCAGUUAUUGGAUCCUGACUGUUUUAAUCUCUUGAUCUUCAUGCCCUCUUACUAGUGUAAUGUGUACAUUGUUUUGAAAGUUACUUUAUCAGGCUGUUAUGGAUUCUAAAAAAUAUCCAUUUAACAUUAUAUAAUACUCUGUUUACUUUUUGGUGUGAAAUAUUGUGUCCAUACUAAUUAAUUUAUACAUGUAUGAAGGUAGAUUGAAAAGCUACAGUCACGUAAAACAAACAGUUGUAGCAUAGAGACGGCAGCACACAAUAAUAAUAGCUUUGAGCUUCCAUAACACUCUCAAUCCUACAAAAAUUGGGAAAUGGAAGGCACAAAGAAGCAGCAGAAGUAUAAAUGAAAUAGUAUGUAACAAGAACUCAUAUCAGCAAAAUUAAUUUAUCAUGUACACCUGAAUAUGCACACAUCGGAAAGUCCAGGAUGGAAUAGCAACAGUAUUAUGGAAAUGACAGUGUGCUAAUCACUGUAUAGAGGAGACACAGUCACAGACAGGUACAACAAAAAGACUGCUAUACAAGCUUUUGGACAAAAGGCUUAGUUUCAAAGAAGAAAAUUCUCUCUCUCUCUCUCUCUCUCUCUCUCUCUCUCUCUCUCUCUCUCUCUCUCUCUCUCUCUCUGUCAGUCUGUCUGUCUCUGGACACUGUGAUCCAACCAUGGACCGCCUUCCAUCAUGUGCAGCUGAAGUCCAUGGUCGAGCUUCAGCCGCCAGUCAGUGGUCGUGUGUGUGUGUGUGUGUGUGUGUGUGUGUGUGUGUGUGUGUGUGUGUGUGUGUGUGUGUGUAAACACUUUAGAAGAAGGCCUUCUGGUUGAUAGCUUGUAUAGCAGUCUUUUCCCUGUGAUGGUGACUCAGUGCAUCUUCUGCAUGGUGAGUAGCACUCUAUCCUUCCAUAACAUAUUUACAUGUGUCAUUUGAUGUGGGGGUUGACAUAGUGUUGGGUUAACGGUUGAUUCUGCUCAUUUGUGUAUGGAUUUUUCAUAACUAUCUUUAUAUAUUAUAUAGAUUUUGUGUUCAUCUUGGUAUUUACUUUGCAAGAAUAGUUUGUGGUAGUGUAACUAUUUUGCUCAUAUGUUUAUGGCUCAUUUUUAAACACACUAAAAUAAAAAAAACAGUGUGUGAAUAUUUUGUUAAGAGAAGUAAUCCUGUAUGUAUCUAGUAUAGCCUUAUGACUUGAUAUUCUCUUUCAUAAAUAACACAAAAUGAAAUGAGGGCUUAUUGGCCACAAUUAUGGUAACAGUAGUUGGCUCUAGGUAGUUUCCAUUGUGAUGUGCAAUAAUUUAUGAAGAACUCUUGUUCAGUUUUAAUUAAAUCUCAUUCAGCAGCAUUUAUUAACAGUUGUCAGUCUUUGCAGCACAAUUGAUAAAAAGCUAAUAAGAUUGUUUUAGAGAUUGAAGUUUACUGUUUAUCACAUUUUUGUCUUUUGAAGAUUUGGAAUUGCAAGAUAUGGAAUACUUUAUGAAUGCAAGCACAUCUGUUUCAUAAUAAAGACUGCACUGGAGACAUCUUGAUGGAAACACACUUCAUUUAACCCGUAAAUAUCUAGGUUUUACUCAUUUAUAUUAUGGUAAUUGUUCUUGUAACUAUAUUUUAGCUUUUAUGGGCUUCCAAGUUCUGUAUUUUAUGCAUGAUGUAAGUUUUCAUGACUAACUCAAAUUGUCAUUUAUUGUUUUAGCAAUUUAAUUUUCUCUGGCUUACAGUUAAACUAUCCAGAAAAUCAAAAUUCUAUUUAAAUAAGUUGUUUUCGGUAGUUUUACCAUUUAAGUUGUGAAAUUCAAAUGGCUGUCACUUCCUUAUGAAAGUAAUGUUUAAUGUAAAACAGAAAGUAAGUUUUAUGGCAUAUCUUAAUGUUUGUACAAACUGUGGGAGCUACACAAAUACACAGUAACAUACCUAAUCGUGCUCAUAUACCUCAAAUUCUGCAGGGACACAUGUUCAUUGGUUGUUGUGAAUACCAUAUCAUUUUUCAGAAAUGUUGAAAGUAGUUUUCUUUGAUGUUAAUUUUGAGAUAACAUAUCAGCUGCAUAAAAUAAAGGUCUAUAAAAGCUGAGUCCUCUACAAAUAAAAUCUAAUUCUUGCACAUUCAGGUAAUGCUUAUCACACACUGUUUAUAAUAUUUUUGCUGUCCACCCUCGGUAGCUGAGAGGUCAGCGUGACAGAAUGUCAAACCUAAGGGCCUGGGUUCAAUUCCCAGCUGGGUCGGAGAUUUUCUCCGCUCAGGGACUGGGUGUUGUGUUGUCCUAAUCAUCAUUUCUUCCGCAUCAACGCGCAAGUUGCCGAAGUGGCAUCAAAUCGAAAGACUUGCACACGGCGAAUGGUCUACCCGAUGGGAGGCCCUAGUCACAUGACUUUUACAAAAUAUUUUUUGUAUACAUGUUUCACAGAAUGUGCUGAAUAUGUACAGUUCCUACACUGUAUCUUGACAAAUGUUGACAAAUAACAUGAAUUAAAAAAGAAAGAGUGAAUCCUGUAGUAAAAUGUAAGCAUUUUUAUUCCGUGUAACCACUAAAGGAAAGUAAUGACACUAAGUGAUUAACUGCACUCAAAUAUAUCUAACAUGAGACUACCCAUCUUAAUUUUUCAAUUUCUCCACAUGUGAUGAAGAAAGAUACUGUCGUAUUUCACGUAUGCCUUCACAUCUUAUGAAAAAUUCAUUAAAAGUUCAAGCUUAUCCUCUAUCCUCCCCAUCUUUUCCCCUUCUCACUUACAUGUUAUGUUGCUCAUGUCCUGUAUUUUCUGCAGCUUGUAAGUUUGACCCAUUUUUAUAGUUGUGAAAACACUGUAUACUGUUUAAUUAUGGGUUUGUGUCCUCUCACAGUCUCAUAGCUCCCCCUCCCUCUACCUCUCUGUUUGUCACUUGGCCGUUCAUGUAUCUGCAUAGUUUGCAUAUUUUCAUUGUAUGGAUUUAUUGUUGCCAGACCAGUAGUCUGUCUCCCUUUUUUUGUGUGUAAUUGUACUUAACCCAAAACUGAUCCCCUCUCUCCUAAAGGUUUCAGUGUCCAUGGAACAUUGUACAUUCCAAGAUUGUACACUCCAAUAGAAGUAGCAUUUAUGUUCAUUUGAAGUGCUUGAGACUUUCUUGGGCAUUUCAUUCCCAUGGAACUGUGCUCUCUUAAAAAUCUGUGUGAAAUAAGUACACAAGGCAUCACACUGCAGCCUAUGCAGCAAAGUGGGCUUGUAGUAAGACCAUUAUAGUUCACUAAAUGUUGUUAUAGUGGAUUUUAUUCUAAUGCAGAAUUUUUAGGGACUUCUGCUUAACUAUUCUCAUUGCAGUUGAUGUCAAAUAAUAAUUUUGUACGUUAAUAUGUACUUAAAGAAGAGUUCACACAGUGUCAGAUAUACUGCAAUUUUUUUGUGCUUUUACUUGCUUGACAUUCAUCAAGAUAAAUAUUUACAUGUUAUGAAACAAUUGGGAUUGCAUUUUUGAAUUUGAGUGAUGGGUAGGGGUUUCACAUAUAUCAUGGUCAGACACUGGCAGUGUAUUCAGUCUUGAUGCUACUCUCUUUUUUCCCCCCUGAGGAGGGAAAUACCAAAUUUAAAUUUGUCUCGGAAGCAAUACUUCGUUAUAAAAACACUUACAUGAAUAUUUUGCCUGAAUUGCCUUACAUGAGGACAUGUAAAUAUCUACAAACUAAAGGUUUUUUGUAGCUCAUUAUAUUGUUUAACUUUAUGGUGAAGCAAUCCCACUGUGCUAUUCGCAACAUACAUAAAAUGUUAAUUACAAAUAUUGCAACAAAUAUUAUCUUCAUCCUCUGUGAAAUAUUGCACAUCCUCUGUGAAAUAUUACAGUUUUCAUCACUCAGAAUUACUGAAUUAAAGUCCGAACAAAUAAUUUUCUUUUAUAUUUAAUACUGAUGGGAAAGAGAAAAGUAGUCAAAGCUCACAAACACAAAUUUUUGUAGCAAUGUAGAUCACAACAGCUAUCCACAAAGCUCUCAUACCCUAUUCAGUGCAGUGACACACAAUUGCUGUGAUUUUGACAAAUGUGAGCACAUGGUGCAAGUGCUGCCACAGUACUGCACAUAACCACAUAACCUUCCAUACCUCUACACAUAACUUUGAACUUUCUCUUCCACUCCUAUUAACCACUUCGAGCAGUUCCCUCUUUGGAAUCAAUUUAUAGAUAACCUUUGGGAAAAGUUGAUUGAAGCCACUAUAAAGCUAUACACUGUGUUUACUUGAUAGUAUAGGAAGUUGUAUGUGUUCAAAUUUAAGAUUUUGAAAAUUUUUGCCACUAGCAUGAGUGCCUUGAAAGGUGGCCACUUAAUCCAAUUCUGUCACUUCCAAUACAGUUUGCCACCGUUUUAAUAUAUUAAUAUUUGAGGAAAUUGUUUGAAUUCAUGGUGGAAUUGUGUUUCUGACACAAGUGACAAUUUAAUCUUAUUUAGUAAAAAAGGUGUUGUUAUUUUGGUAUUAAUUUCACACAGGGAAGAAUAUCAGCCAUAUUUCCCCCAGAAAAUCAUUUGUAUUGUUGUAAAUUCAGCUUUAAUUGCCAGAGAACACAACCUGUGUGUGUGUGUGUGUGUGUGUGUGUGUGUGUGUGUGUGUGUGUGUGUGUGUGUGUGUGUGUGUGUGCGUGCGCGCUUCACUCUCUGCGUCCCCUGCUCCCCUCCCUCUGAGUCUCCUGCCCUUGCAAUAAUGUUAUAGUCUUCAAUUUAAUGUGUCCUCUCACAGUAGGUAUAACGUCUCACAGUAGGUAUAACGGUACUCAUGUCUUGUGCUUGAGUGCAUGUGCAGGCACAAAUAAUUAUUUGUCACAUUUUUUGUCCCCUCAAUUAAGGUCAGUUGUUUGGGUGCUCAGCAUUCUGUGUUAAUUCUUCACUGUAUGUAAACAAAACUGUAUCCUGAAUGAAUAUUUCGCUCUGUAGUUGUGUGUGCUCUGUUUUGAAACUUCUUGAGAGGUUGAAAUGGUGUGCUGGGUCUAGGAUUCAAACCUGGAAUCCUGCCUUUAGCAAGAAAUGCCCCUACCAUCUGAAUUAUCUGAGUAUGACUCACGAUUUGUCUCCAUAGCCUCUGUUCUGCCAAGAUCUUUUUCCUAUUUUCCAAAAUUCACAGAUCUCCUGCUUACAUUGCUGGACUAGCACUCCUGGAAGAAAUAUUCUGGGUUCAAGAACCAUUCCAGCAUGCAGUUUUAAUCUAAGUUCCAUAAAAUUAUGUGAUAAAGUGAUGUAAUUAACAAGUUGAGCUUUUUUGGGUAAUAACUGUAUUGUAUGGUGAAAUUGCAUUUUCAUUAUUUGAUGUAAAAAUACAACACCUUACAUAGAAUGUGCUACAGUAGUUCUGUAUCAGCCCACUUGAGAUAUGUUUAAUGCAGAAAUUUUGGCUGAGCAGUAUCACAUGAUGUUGUAAUGAUUGCUGUUUAUCCAGUAUCCAGAAAUUCCAGAUUGACCUGGAUAAAGCUAAUUUAUUAAGCUUUAAUUAAACAUAUUACUUCACUUUGCUGGCUUGAGUGGUACAUUGAUUUACAAUGAAUUUUGCCUACUAUAUGUAUAAAAUUUGAUAACUUGUGAAGAAAACAUGUUGGUGCUAUUUCAAAUAUGAAAUAAUAAUCAUUGUUUACUUGUUGUAUUAUGGGUUGUAUACUUGUUGUUAUCCAUUCAUAGAAAAGGGAAAAAUAUAAUCAAUCAUGUUUCCUUUUUUACUGUCAUAUUUCUAAAAUUUAAAUGUUUUAUCUAAUAUUAAUGUAUAUGAUGAACACUGUAAGUGGCCUUAAAUUUAUGUAUUACUUGCUAUUCUGCUAUGUAUACAAAUGAAAUUCUGGAACAAAAUAUUUUGCCUACUCUUUCUGAAAUAUAAGUUUGCUUUCAGUUCUA